AGGGGGCCUGACGUCACUGAGGCGCCCUGGCUCUCCUGAGCCGCUAGUGCUGCUGGCGAAAAGAUGGGAAAAGCAGAUAGCCGUUCAUCGACAAAUUAACAUAAAAUGCCCGUUUUUGCCGCACAUGUCCGGAUGUCAGAAGACCGAGAGCUCUAGCGGCGAUUCGAGCUCCACCAGACACCGAAAAAAAAGGUACUUUGAUACGAGGUCGGCGUUGACGUUUGUAGCUUCCGGGAACGCCUGGUGACAUCAUCAACCCCCUAAAGUGGCGAGGAAGAUACCUUCUUAAUAUCACCAAUACGAUGCACAGCGUCUGCAGCUGAAAGCCGCCGUCAUCAGCGUCACUCGCCUGUUGUUCCGGCAGCGCCACGAAGCCUGAAGGCAUUCGCCCGCAUCUGUCCGGCCGUCUGUAGCUAGCAGAAGAUGUAUGGCAGCGCGCGCUCUGUUGCCAGAGCGGACGCCAAAGCCAGCGCGGGCAGGGAUGGGGGCGGCGGUAGCAGUCAGGGAUCCGGCCGCUCGCCACGCCUCCCUCGGUCUCCUCGCAUGGGACACCGGCGCACCAACAGCACCGGCGGCAGCGGCGGAGGCCCCGGAGGAGCCGGGGGCAAAACCCUCUCCAUGGAGAACAUCCAGUCGCUCAACGCGGCGUACGCCACCUCCGGACCGAUGUACCUGAGCGACAACGAGGUGGCGAUGGCGGGGGGUGACCACGUGGCCAAAAGCGGCGUGACGGUGACGGCCACGGGGCGGCAGAGGGUGACGUACGGCUCGCGAGGGAGCGGCGGGGGAGUGGUGGCUGCCAGCACUCCCAACAUCUCCACCACGGUGCCUGCUAAUGCAGUGCUGCCAGCAGGCAUGAUGGCGGGGGACGCGCUGGCUUUCGGGGACCACCACAUGGCCUCCACGGUACCCCACUCUCUAAGGCAGGCCAGGGACAACACCAUACUCGACCUGCAGGCCCAACUCAAAGAGGUGCUGCGGGAGAACGAGAUGCUGCGGCGAGAGGUGGAGGUGAAGGAGAGCAAGCUGAGUUCCUCCAUGAAUUCAAUCAAAACCUUCUGGAGCCCGGAGCUGAAGAAGGAGCGAGCCCUCAGGAAGGACGAAGCGUCCAAGAUCGCCGUGUGGAAGGAGCAGUAUCGCGUCAUUCAGGACGAAGCACAGCAUCUCCAGAUGACCGUUCAAGCUCUCCAGGACGAGCUGAGGAUCCAGAGGGACCUGAACCAGCUGCUCCAGCAAGAUCCGUCCAGUCAAGGAAGGGAGCUGGCGCUGACCUCUGAACCCACGGAGGAGAACUACCGGAGACUACAUGCUGAGCAUGAGAGGCAGGCCAAAGAGCUCUUCCUCCUCAGGAAGACGCUGGAGGAGAUGGAGCUGAGGAUUGACACGCAGAAGCAAACCUUGGUAGCCAGAGAUGAGUCCAUCAAAAAGCUCCUGGAGAUGCUGCAGAGCAAAGCUCCGUCUGCCAAAGCGUCAGAGGAAGACCAGGAGAGGACCAGGAGGCUGGCUGAUGCAGAAAUGCACAGGCAUCACCUGGAGGGCUUACUGGACCAGAGGGAUCGAGAGAUCACUGCACUCAGAGAGCAGGAGCUUCAUCGCCGAUACGAAGGAACUCCAGAAUCCACCAAAACCAAAGCUCUACAGACUGUUAUCGACAUGAAGGAUGCGAAAAUUAACUCCAUGGAGCGGGGCCUGAGGGACAUGGAGGAGGAGCUGCUGAUGCUGAAAUCCAACGGACUUCUGAGCUGCGAGGAGCGUCAGGAGGAGAUGAAGCAGAUGGAGGUGUACCGCAGUCACACCAAGUUCAUGAAAAACAAGAUGGAUCAGGUGAAGCAGGACCUUUCCAGGAAGGAUACCGAGCUGCUUGGUUUGCAGACCAAACUGGAGACCCUGACCAACCAGUUCUCAGACAGCAAACAGCACAUUGAAGUCCUCAAGGAGUCUCUCACUGCCAAGGAGCAGCGCGCCGCCAUCUUACAGACAGAAGUCGACGCCUUACGCCUGCGCUUGGAAGAGAAGGAGGCAACUUUGAAUAAGAAGAGCAAGCAGAUCCAAGAAAUGUCGGAGGAGAAGGGAACCCUGAAUGGAGAAAUCCACGACCUGAAGGACAUGCUGGACGUAAAGGAGCGCAAAAUUAACGUGCUGCAGAAAAAGAUUGAGAACCUGCAGGAGCAACUAAGGGACAAGGAGAAGCAGAUGAGCAGCUUAAAGGAGAGGGUGAAGUCCUUGCAGGCGGACACUUCAAACACCGACACCGCUCUCACGACGCUGGAGGAGUCGCUCGCAGAAAAGGAGCGAAUCAUCGAGCGUCUGAAGGAGCAGCGAGACAGAGAUGACCGGGAGAAGACGGAGGAGCUCGACUGCUCCAAGAAGGAGCUGAAAGAGCUGAAGGAGAAGCUGAGCUUAGUGCAGGGAGACCUGUCAGACCGCGAGACCUCCCUGUUGGACCUGAAGGAGCACGCUUCCUCCCUGGCAUCUUCAGGACUGAAGAAAGACACCAGACUCAAGAGUUUGGAGAUAGCCUUGGAGCAGAAGAAGGAGGAGUGCCUCAAACUGGACAACCAACUAAAGAGAGCUCAGAAUGCAGCACUGGAGGCUCAAGCCAACACCGAGCUGGCUGAGCGCAUCAGGAACCUGGAGCAGGAGGUGGCCCGACACAGGGAGGAUUCUGGGAAGGCUCAGGCCGAGGUGGACCGCCUCCUCGAGAUACUUCGGGAAAUGGAGAACGAGAAGAACGACAAGGACAAGAAGAUCAGCGAGCUUGAGAGCUUGGCCUCCAGGCAAAUGAAGGACCAGACUAAAAAAGUGGCCUCUCUGAAGCACAAGGAGCAGGUGGAGAAGAGCAGGAACGCCCGACUGAUGGAGGAGGCCAGGAAGAGGGAGGACAACAUGUCUGAAUCCUCCCAGCAGGUGAAGGACACUCUGCGUCAGAAAUCAGAGCGCAUUGAGGAGCUGGAGGAGGCUCUGAGGGAGAGCGUUCAAAUCACCGCUGAGCGAGAGAUGGUGCUGGCACAGGAAGAGGCUGCUCGAUCGCUGCAGGAGAAACAGCACUCACUCAAACCAAUGCAUGAGUCCAACCUCUCCCACUUUAAGUGGUCUAAGAUGGAGGAGCUGCUGGGUGCCAUGGAGAAGGUGAAGCAGGAGCUGGAGUCCAUGAGGGCCAAGCUGGCGUCUACCCAGCAGUCCCUCUGUGAGAAGGAGGCCCACCUCACGACCCUGCGAGCUGAGCGCAGGAAACACCUGGAGGAGGUGCUGGAGAUGAAGCAGGAGGCGCUUUUGGCCGCCAUCAGCGAGAAGGACGCGAACAUCGCGCUGCUGGAGUUGUCGUCCUCUAAGAAGAAGAAGACCCAGGACGAGGUGGCUCAGCUGAAGCGGGAGAAGGACCGACUGGUGCAGCAGCUCAAGCAGCAGACUCAGAACAGAAUGAAGCUGAUGGCCGACAACUAUGAAGAUGAUCAUUUGAAGGCCGCACACGACCACACGAAUCACAAACCCUCUCCAGAUCAGAUGAUACCCCCUCUUCUUGCCCUUUCCCAGAACCGCAGUAAGCUCAAACUCUACAUCGCCCACUUGACAGACCUCUGCCACGACCGAGACCCCAGCAUCCUCAGCCAGCUCUCGCCUCCCUCUCACUACCACCGCAGCGACCCUGAAGACUGGGAGGAGGAGCUUCAGAAGAUGAGCCGUGAACAGUUGGAACGAGAGUUGGAGGCGUGUGAGAAGGAGAGCGGGGAGCUGCAGGAGUUUGCCAAUUCGGUUCUCCAGCAAAUCGCAGACUACUGCCCUGAUAUCCUGGAACAGGUUGUCAAUGCGCUGGAGGAGUCAUGUUGACAAAUCUGACCUCGGACUUAGGCAAGCAGAGCCCAGGAAGAACCCCACCCAAACACCCACCACCACCAUCAUCAUCAUCAUCAUCAUCCAAGAAGAAGAGCGACAGCUGGGGCCUUAUCCUCUCCGCCCUGCAACAAACGUUCAGGAAGCAGAAGUGCUUUUCUGUCUCACGUGUCCCUCUGCGGGUCAGGCUGGCAGCAUCAAAAUAAGGAAAUUUUACAAAGCGACACGUUGAAAGAAUAUUCUACACAAUGCAAAUGUGGGAGGAGAACCAAAGCACACACCUGAUAUCACGUCAGGCACACACUGGAGUCUCUUCUCCUGGAUGCAUUGGGAGAGUCGUUUCUGAUUUAAAAAGCCUUACCCAGAGCAGGAACUGACCCUCAUAUGAGGCACCUUUUUGUUUUUUACCUCUUGUAUGUGUCUCUCAGUCCUUUCGUGUUAAAAUGGCUAAUCUUCUCCCAUCCUUGGGACAGAAAAGCACUUUCUGCCCUGGUAUUUCUGGGGGAGCUGCUACAUCCAAAGGGGGAGCAGGGAGGAGCCGCGUAGUUUUUGUUGUUUCGGUCUAGCGUUGCCUACACAGGGUAACGGCAUCCAAACUCCCGUUUCUCAGCCAGAUGAGCACAGCGUGCUCCUGGAGCGUUAACCGCGUCGGUACGAUACGCCGUCGUCAGUGGCUGGGUCGCCGGCAUUAGAGGAGGGGGGGGGGGGGAUCAAGGUCCGACCUUUCACUGAAGAUCUGAGUUUAGUUACUGUGUUCUCAACAGAGGAGAGGAUUUAGGGGGAAAAGCUUUGAUUGUCGACGUAUUCAUUUCUCGAUGGUUUUUUGCACACAGAGUCCACUUGUUUAUGAGGUAUGCAAUUUUUUUUUUUUUUUUUUUUUGAGAACGUUCUCGUGGCCUUGGAGCAUGCACAGAGUUCAGUACAGGACCUAAAUGCAGAGGUGUUUACGCCUCUGUAAUACUGGUGCUAUGGCAUGAUGUAAGAACUGAUCCUCAUCCAAAGUUUCUAAAGGAGUUCCUUAAAAGCCCACAUAGUGAUACCCCCCCUUUUUUUUUUGUAUACUCAGAUGCCUCUGUUGUUGUUUUUUUUUUCUUCUUCUUCGUUUUAAUAUUCAGGGCUGAGUUUUUUAAUUACUAAGUGCAUUGAUUGACAUUUACAGAGGAAAAGAGUCACUUUUCAAGCAGAUUUUGACUUUUUAGAUCAGUUUGUAAAUAACGUGAUAUUUAACACGUACAGUAACUGAAUAAAAGUAAUAAUGUGGAAGGUGUUGUGCAUUCUUAAAAAAAAAAAGAGAUAAUAAUCUGAAAAGUUCAAAGCAGUGCAGUUGUCUUUUGUGUGUAAUUUUUGUCUCCCCGGGACAAACGUACGUGUUGACAGUGCUGCCAUAAAUUGCAGAAAGUCUAUGUUCUAUAGAGAAAUAUAUAUAAAUAAGAUAUAUGAAAAGUUUACUGUAUCAAUAUGCAUUGAAUGUUUGCACAGAAUCUCUUAAAAGAGGCAAGUUGCUCUGAACAAAACAAGUGUUUCCAGCAAGAAACUGAGGAAAGACGUGUUUUUCAAAAAAAAAAAAAAGUGUCAAAAUUAAUGUGUGAAUUACAGACGUCUCAAACCGUGGCUGUGUGACGGGAGAGUACUUAUCUGGAGUUUAUUUCUAAUCGUCUUUUUUCAAAUGAAUAUUCUCGCCAAACGGUGGCGCUUUCCUGAGGUGCCCGUGUCGUCCUUUCUUGACGCGGCCGGUUUUGGUCGCCAGCCCCCGGGAGGAGAAAAGCGAGCCUUCGGCAGUCGUAGCCCUCCUGCUAUAGGUGAUUAUGCUCAGUGGGUGUCAGAGUGAGAACCAAAGACACAGCUGGAGUUAAAAAAA